GAACCCCCUGAGGACCUUCUCCGUGCUGGAGCCGGGCGGCACGGGAGGCUGCCAGGCUCACCGCAGAGCCCCCGUGGAAGAAACCGCAAAGCUCGGGAAGUGUCUGGUGGCCCAGAACGGCGGGUACUUCGACAUGAGGACCGGAGAGUGCCUUGGGAACGUCGUGAGCGAUGGAAAGCUGGUGAGAAACUCUGGAGGCCUGCAAAACGCUCAGUUUGGCAUCCGGAAGGAUGGCACCAUGGUGUUCGGUUACCUGUCUGAGGAAGAUGUCUUGGAUCAAGCAAACCCUUUUGUGCAGCUUGUGAGCGGAGUGGUUUGGCUCCUAAGAGAUGGAGAAGUGUACAUCCAUCAGAGCCAAAUGGCUGAGUGCGAUGAAAUUCAAACCACAGGAACCUUUGACAAGUUCAUCAAUGUGAUAUCAGCCAGGACUGCGGUUGGACACAACAGGCAGGGGCAGCUGGUCUUGGUUCAUGUGGAUGGACAGACAGAAUCCAGAGGGGUCAACCUCUGGGAAAUGGCUGAAUUUUUGAAGAAACAAGGAAUCAUCAAUGCCAUCAACCUGGAUGGUGGAGGGUCUGCAACACUGGUCUUAAACGGGACCCUGGCAAGCUACCCGUCUGAGCACUGCUCCUUUGACAACAUGUGGCGCUGCCCUCGGAGCAUCUCGACCGUUGUGUGCGUCCAUGAGCCCGCCUGCGAGCCCGCAGACUGCAGCGGUCACGGGGACUGCGUGGAAGGGGAGUGCCGUUGCGCCGGGGGCUUCUGGAGGGGCCCAGCCUGUGACAUUUUGGACUGCGGCCCUUCCAACUGCAGCCUGCACGGCAUCUGCACCGAUGCUGGAUGCCGGUGCGAUGCUGGCUGGACCGGCAGCAGCUGCAGCGAAGCUUGUCCGAGCGGUUUCUAUGGGGAUGCUUGCACCCAGAAAUGCCAGUGCCGCAACGGUGGCUCGUGUGACCCCAUGCACGGAGCCUGUUCCUGCCCCGCUGGGUACUACGGCACCAGCUGCGAGCAAGAGUGUCCCAUGGGCUGGUAUGGACCGAACUGCCAGAAGCCCUGUGCGUGUGAACACGCGUGUCCCUGCGACCGGGAGACAGGCAGCUGCAACGUCACCUACGACUCGGCCAUACAGGACCAGUUAAACAAAGCUGGGCAGUGUUUGGCUUCCCAGAAUAAGGGAAGGAGCAAAAAGUUCUCUCUGUCAGAAAAAACCUGUGUCUCUGUGACUUCUGUCUUGGCUCUGCUGCUCGUGAUCAGCGCCCUGGGAAACGCAGGCCUUUUUCUCAAGGCGCGGUCAGAGAGGCACCGUGAGAGCGGCCGCUAUCUCUACCAGCCCCUGAGGGAGAUGAACGGGGAAGCCAGUCACCCCUCCACAUCUGCUGCCUGCGAGCCAGAAGAUCCCCAGGACCAGAGUCAGGCGCUCCUCCAGAGUCCCGGAUGA